AAAGCGAAGAACAACUGCGCCUCACCAAGCGUCAAGAGAGAAGAGACUGCAGUUCCAAUUCCCAGAAGAGAGGAUACCAAGCCGCCCUGCCGAUCAACCAAUAUCCGGUCCAUUCUUAACUCCCCCACCAUCCCAUGGAUCGAGCCCCAUUCCCAGCUCCUCCGCACUUUGGGACGAAAUUGAAACCGCCUUUGCUGGGAAUUGGCUUGGUGACCACGCUUAUUUCCUAAUGCUGUUCUGCUCGAUGGGCGGCUGCGUACCCGAGUACGUCUUCGAAAGAUCACUGUCAUCACAGUGGCGGUGGUCAGAUGAUGGCACCAAGCAACUUGUUACGCCCGCCCAGGCUACCCUCGAUCCACAAUUGGCCGCCUUUGUGUCGAACCCUGAACGAUUCAAGCAAGCUCUUGAUCGAGUAAGAAAUCUGGGCUUUGUAAGCGAGUCGUCCUUGCCUCUCUCCAGCGAACUCUACACAAAACUAUCCCAAUUCUUGACAAAGCAGGUCAAAGAGAAAUGGUCCAUCAGAGCUCUGAGAUGGCUCUGUUUCAUAUUUCCGCGGCAUGAACUGUGGGAGGAAUCUCCGAGUUUCACGUCGAUCGUGCGGUCCCUUCAGCCCCUCAUGGAACGCCUGGUACGAUCCGUUGAGGAAGCCAAUAUACCACAGUCGUUAAAAGACGAGGUUUCAGAGGCAUUACUGGCAGCAUCUAAAGUCGGUAAUAUCCGGUCGAACGCACUCUCGUUAGUCGCCGAUCUCCUUGGCGACGAAUCGCCACGUCAUCUUCAUGCCGAAUUUGCCCUACAACGAAGCAUUAUGUUUCGCCUCGAUGGAGAUUUCAAGAAUUCCGAGCGUGUUAUCCAUGAUUUCUGCUGUCGCUGUGGAACUCCUGAGCAAUCAUGCUUAUCAUCCUCCUUUCAGCAGCGACAAAAGCGGCUAAAUGCUCUAUACGGACUCAUUCAUCGUUCGCAUCUCGAGAAUUUGGUUCAGUGCGAGCAGUAUCAGCUUGCAACAGAGCACAUCAGUCAUUGGCAGCUGACAGAAACAGCUUCGCCAAUGGAAUGGGGUAUUUUACCGUCUAGAACACUCACUACUUCCAAAAUAUUUCGAUCACAAGCAGCUUUUAAAUGUGCCCAGGAAAGUCUAGAGUUAUGCGUCAAGUUUCUGCACCCCCGCGAACCAGCCCGAGCCCAGGUCUUGUGCCAACUAGCGGAUGUAUACAAUGACGUUGGGUUUUCAAGUGCGGCCAACGAACUCCUUGCUCCCGAAAUCGAGGAGGGGAGGAAGGAAGCCACCAAAACAAAAGCUUUCCGAAGGUUUUUGGUGUCUUCAGUUGAAACUUGCGUACAAACCCGACAAUAUGACGAUGCAAGCUUGGACCUUGAACAGCUCGGCGUCAUUUUCAGCAAUCUGAGUCGCCUGGACGUCAGCGAUCAGCUUCUGCAUAUCCGCACUCUUGUCGCAUCAGCGCGAAUCUGUCACAUGCGAGGAGAAUUUAGGAGUGCCAUCCAUGUAUGGGACGUGGCAUUGCGACGUGUACAAUCCUAUAAUAGUUUCGAAGGUGAAGGAUUCACGUACUCGGCUAUUCAUCUUUCACGGUCACUCGCAUAUCUGGAAUUGGGUGAGCAUGAAAGGGCGGAAUCCUCAUUUAAACACGGAAAAGCAAUAUUAGAUCGCGGACCGAGGGACUACUGGAUACCAACCUUUGCGAAAUGGGUUGAAGAAGUCUUGCAAAAACUAGAGUCGAUGGCCGGUUGGGCUAAGAGUCAAUGACGUUGCCUCCGCGUGGCAAAUCCGACGUUUCGCCGAGAGAGGUCGCCACUCUAAUUCUAUUUAUCUCUGUCUGCAUCCUUCCAUCAACCGCAAAUGAUUAGAUUUGCAUUUCUCUGGCGAGCAUCAAAACUACAUAAACAUAACGACAUCCGAAUGCACUCAGCUCUCCCAAUCAUUGACUUCAGUCCGAUUCUUUUCGGUUCUUUAGAGAGUCGUCAAUGUACUAUUUCGGAAAUCGAUAAUGCGCUGCGGACCGUUGGUGCUUUUUACCUUCGAAACUACGGUAUUGAGAGAGCGAAGAUUGACAUGUGGUUUGAAUGGGUAGGUC